UGGUAUAAGUUAGUCGAUCAUUGGAAGCAAUCGUGGGAGGAUGUGUUGUAUCUAGUGCUAGAAAUGUGUUGAUUUAUUAUGAUAAAUAUGCUGCUAGAAACCCCAAAUAGUACUAGAAUAGUGACUGCUUUUGUUCUAAGUAUAUACGCUGUGCAGUGCGCUUGUGGCCUCCACAUUAAGGGAAUAUGGAGGACGGAUGAGGAGUUUUUUCAUUUCCUAACUAAAUUUGGUUUCCAAAAGACGACUCCACACGAUAAAGAAUUGACUGAGGGUUUCAUCUUGGGUAAUAUAACGAGCUUGAGGGGUAACGUGAGUGCCAGUGGCAGCUAUGGCACCCUGACACUCUUGCCACGGCAGUACUUCGUCGACUUCUACAGGAACAGGACCAGAGCUGCGACUGACCCAGACCUGGCCUGCCGCCUGAUGUUCCAGGGAGUGGAAAAGGAGGCAUAUGAUGCCCAGUGCCAUGACUCGGGGCGUGAAGACUUUCUGCGCCGAGUGCCAUGUCCUAAGGACAGUUUGUGUCCUGAUGAGGACAAUCCAGCCAAUGUUAUACCCAAUAAUCAGCUCACAUAUGCAAUACAAGAUGUCAAUAAUCCGAGGUUCUGGUAUCUGAGCUUGGUGGGAUGUAUGAGAAACUCCUCGUGUGAGUGGCAGCACGUAGCCACACCUCUGCAUGUGGAAUAUGACUUAAACAUUGUAAAUGGCAAGCCUAAUGCUGCUGACCAUAAUCCCUUUGAAUAUCAUUUUUCAUUUGAUAAACAGGAUACAGUUGAGAUCUACCUUGUGUGUGUGCUUUUCUACGGCUGUGUAUUGGUCCCACUGCAAGUUUAUGCAGCAUGUCGCCAGAUCCAUCCUAUCACUCGUCUGUUUACAGCAACCCUAGUAAUGCAGUUGGCAGGGCUCUUGUUUGACACACUGCAUCUGCUGGUGUUUUCAUUUGAUGGAGAGGGAAGUGAGGGAGUGAACAUUAUAGGGGAUCUCUUUAAUUUAUUGGCUCAGUCAUUAUUCAUGAUGCUGCUGCUGCUUUUAGCCAAAGGUUGGGCCAUUACUCGUAUGAUGCUGUCCCAUCGCCUUUUACUCUUCUUACUGUGGGGGCUUUACUCCAUUCUCAUACUCACACUCUACUUUUGGAAUAUGAUGGAGGUUGAUGUAAUAGAGGAUAUAGAUGAGUACCAGACGUGGCCAGGAUGGUUGACUCUGGCAUUGCGGGUGCUCAUCAUGGUGUGGUUUCUGUUUGAGCUGCGCAACACCAUGACAUACGAGCACAAUUCGAACAAGCUCCAUUUCUUUCUGCACUUUGGUGCUGCCUCCCUUGUGUGGUUUAUAUACCUGCCAGUGGUAGCACUCAUUGCCCUCCAAAUUUCUCCUCUGUGGAGAUAUAAAUUAUUGUUGGGUUUUACUUAUUCGGCCGAUUUAUUGGCCCAUUCCUUUAUGACUUACAUGCUGUGGCCAGAGAGGUCUGAGCAGUAUCUUCUGCUGGCAUAUGAGGCCGACCUCUCCAAUGAGUUAGACGAGUUCAACGAAGCUCCACAUAUCAUCAAUCACUCAGAUUCAGCCCUUCUCACCCCAAUGUAUGAUUGUGACACAGAACCUCUCAAGAUUAACGCAUGAACAUUUUAUAAAAUACAGGUGCCAAAGAACUUAGCAAUGUUUUUUAUCCACUGGAAAUCUGUCGUUUCUUUUGUGUCUGAGGUAAAGCAAAUAAAUAUUGUAUUAUGGUUAUUUUCCCAGCUGCUCACUUAAGCACUAUAGGAGAAGCAGUAGGGUAGUGUAUAACAAGGAACGACAUCUUUGUGCUGUUUCCUUUCCUUCCGGAUAAUUCACUUUGGGUAAAUUCAAAUGCUAGUCCCAUUUAACAAUACUGUGGCAUAUUCUCAGACUUUUGCAUUAUACUGUAUGUCAUAGCUUUCAACAUUACAUCUAAAUUUUCUAACAUUCUUUCCAAAUAGAGACUUUAGCAAAUGGAUGACCUUUCUUGGUUGUACUUUGGGACCUGACGAUCUGUUGGAGUGUGAGCAGGGUAAUAUUUAGUGAAGGGAUUCAGGGAAACUGGUUAUUUUUAUAUAGCUGGACUUGAGUCCUGGAAAUGGGAAAUACAAUGCCUGCACUCUAAAGGAGGGGUUCGGGAUAUUAGCAGUUUGGAGGGAUAUGUCAUGUAUCUUUAUACGUAUAUGCUUCUAAACUGUUGUGUUCUUUCCUUCCGGAUAAUUCACUUUGGGUAAAUUCAAAUGCUAGUCCCAUUUAACAAUACUGUGGCAUAUUCUCAGACUUUUGCAUUAUACUGUAUGUCAUAGCUUUCAACAUUACAUCUAAAUUUUCUAACAUUCUUUCCAAAUAGAGACUUCAGCAAAUGAAUGACCUUUCUUAGUUGUACUUUGGAGAAAGCCAUGAAGUUCAGACACUUGAAUUAACAGAUUUGUUGAAUAGAGAUCAUUCAUAGCAAUGGCUUCAUUGUAAGAUCCAGUUGAGAAAGAAAUUCAUAAGUGAGUAUUCUCCAGGUAUGCUGGGAGGCUAUUAUGUUGCUAUAAAUCCUAGUAUAGUUAUGAGAUGCCAGUUACCAACAGGUUAGCAACUAUAGCUUUGCAGUUACAGUAGACCCUUACAUUACAUGGAUUUAUUUGGCACAUUUUGGUUAUUACACUAUUGAAAAAUUGUGGCAUAAUUUUAAACAACACUUCGUAAAAUUAACUUAACACAGUUUAGUUUGCGGGAGGGGAAAAAAUUUGGAGCAUUGCCCACAGGAUAUUUCCCUAGCUCAGGCCACCGCCUUGCUGUGGGUGAGACCACUGUCUCCACGGGGAAACAUGCCACCAUCCCCUGCCACCCCCGUCCCAUCCCAGCCUUCCACUCAUACACGUCUAGGAGCUGGCUGUGUUUAGAGUGUGUUUUGAUAUUUUAAUUGCCAUAUCUUGUAUCUGCCAAGCAAUCAUGGCACCCAGUAGACACACAAGUGUUGCUGAAAGUGGCAAGAAAAGAGUUAAGCAUUUAAGUCUUGGAGUUACAAAGAAAACUGAGAUAUUAGACAAGCUUAUGAGUGGCUCACGUGUAGUGGAUAUAGCAAGAGCCUAUGCCUUUAAUGAAGCAUCAGUUUGUACAGGUAAAUAUAUGAGUUUGUGUGAAUAACUGACCAACUGACUUGAAUGACUUGACUUGCCUUACUGGACUAAUUUGACUUACUGACUUGGCUGAUUUACUGACUGACUGACUUGACUGAUUUACUGACUGACUGACUUACUGACUUAAAGUUAGACUUUUUCACUGAAGAGGACCUUGACAAAUCUAGAAGCAGUGCUCUGAAACAGUGUCUAGAGCAGCUGAUGCCUUACUGUCAGCUGUGUAAUGUACUGCAGGGUAAAAUAGCCAGGAAAUCCAUUACAGAAUUUAUGCACACUCCAGUACAAACAUCAACUUCAGUACCAGAACCUCUACCAUCCACCUCAGCCCAGUAGAGCUACAACAUAACCCUCCACUCUUUGCAAUCAUUGACAAACACUAGCACCUACAAUUUUAGGUAAGAGAUACUAUUAUUUCUGUUGCAUUUGUAGUAUCUUAAGCAGUAAAAACAACAUAAUACAUCACGACAAUGAACAACAAUUACAUAUUCACUUUCAUUUGUGUAAGAUCUGGAGGUCUAAAAAAUGUUUGCUUUUUUGGGGCUCCCAGGAACGUAACCCCAUUUUUCCUGCAAGUUCUUCAGUUUAUCUAACACAGCAUUUUCAGGAACGUAACUACCAUGUAAUAUAAGGGUCUAGUGUGUAUCAUUCACAGGUUUCUCUUGAAUCUCUUCUUUUUUCUUCCCUUUUUCAUUUUCCUCCUUUUUUUCCUUUCUCAUCACUUCCUCUUUUCCUCCUGUUAGUAGUCUUCCCCUUCUUCCUCCUAUAUCUCUUUCUUCCUUUCCCCUUUUUUUCUUCUCUUUACUGCUUCAUAUGGAGCUUUAUCAGUGAUUGCACUUCUUUGUCUCAUUAUCUAUCAUUAUAAAAACUAGAGGAACUUAUUUGGGUAACAUACAGACUCAUCCUUAUGCAACAUGAGCCAAUAAUACAAAAUAAUUAUUUAGAGGUGAGUGGAACCUGAAUGAGUAGGGUAACUGGGUGAAAAGACAUGAAAUGGUAAUAAUAUAAACCUGAGAAUGUGUGAAUAGCUUUUAGAUGGGACUGCAUCAUUAUGUACCAAACAUUAAUAUAGGAUCACUUUCAAUUAAUGUUUGAAUAUUAUUCAGAAAUGAUUAAUAAUUUUAUCUGUACAAAAGUAAUAGGCAAACGAGUCUUUCCCAAUUAUUAGUACAUUUUUAUAAAGGGGAAGCAGGGCACAAAUUUUGCUGUAAUUAUUUUUAUUACAAAUUUGUACAAAAUAUUUAAUUUUAGAAAAUAGUAUAUCUAUUUAACACAGAAUCACUUUUAAAUACUGCAGCAUGACUACAAAAGAAAUCCAAGGUGAAGCUAAGAAAAGUGGGGAGUAAGAAGUAAGUGAAGCUGCUGAAGGAAUAUGGUGGUUUGUGCAUGAUAAACUGGAAUACAUAAAGUAUUGACAUAAGGAGGAUUGAAGUGAGAGAAGGCUUAAAUAUGAAGAGUGUGUUUGGCAAGAAGUAGCUGAUUGGACAUAUGUAAAUUCCUAUUCAAAGUUGUAAGAUGUGCAAAGACCUUGAAUUUUUUUUAAAGCACUGACUGUUUCCCACCAAGGCAGGGUGACCUAGGGAAGGAAAACAAAUUUCCCAUCACUUGUUCCCUAGCUGGGUAGGAUGAGUUGAUAAUGCCUUUCCAUAUACUUGGUUUAUAUCACAAUCAAGAACUCAUAAUCUGGGAAGCAAAUUAGAGAGCCAUACAGAAAAAAAAAUGAGAAAUGUGGUGUACAAUAAAGGAACAUUUUGUAGUACAGUAUUUUAUGUAGCAUUAUGUAACAUUUAUCAGAGCUGCCCCUCUCGGUAUGUAUUCAGUAUAUUGUUGCUGCACAUUAUCCUGUAAUCAUUAAAUACAUGUUUAUAGUUGUUUAGUCUCCCACCCUUUAGAUUUGUACAUUUGAUUCCUCUGUGAUUUAUUGUAAUAAAUAGUGAGUCAGUGGUCAUAUGAAAAGAUGUUAAUCACUUAUUCAGAGUUAUUAAAACGAAAUAUGUUAAUCAUUUUGGCAUCAGAAAUAUAUUUACAGUAUACCAUAGUUCUUAUUAAGUUCAGUAUGAAAAGACAGAAAUCAUAGUUUGUUAGUAAAAGAAUGCUGUUUUAGUAUUAGGAGUGAAUUGACCUUAGUCGUGUAGCCAUGCUUAAGUGCAGUAUUUUGUACAUUAGUCUUAUCAUUUUUAUCAAGAAGACAUGAAAUAUAGUAUUAAAAUGCAAUUAUGUAAGCUCAUUUACAUUGCUCAUUUCUUAAGAUUUAUCCUAAUAACUUUUAUAUGAAUUAAUGGUGCUCCAGCUAUUGAACACAAACUUGUGUAGAUGCACAGCAUCUAAUAUAAUUAUUUCACAUAUAGUAGAGCCUUACUUAGCAUGGCAUAUCAGUUUUCAAAAAUUACUGCACAGCCUUAACACCCACAGUAUGAACUCUAAAAUAAA